AUGGGGCUGGACACGAUCUUUGGGAGCACUGUUGAGUUCUUGCUGCACAAAACGAACGGCGACCCGGUGGCUUUACUUCGAUCCAUAGCCGACUAUGUCCAUCGGGUUAGGCCCGUCAGCCAGAGGGUCACAUGUUCGAGGGAGUGCCUGCUGAACGCUGCAGCUGACAUUAGCUUCUUACAAGGGAAGCCCCAGGCACAUCAAUGUAACAGAUGUCUCGAGCUGCAAACGAAUGACAGACAUAGGCCUCUUGGAGGUCUUCGGCCUUCUGCAGAAGCUUCUACACUGAUUGCCAGCGAAGCAAUGCGCUCCAGCUUUGAGAUCAUAGUUGCGCCCAGCACAAGCGACGCACAUAAUGAGCAGAAACCUCCUGACUGCGAGACCAGUGGGUCAAGCAGCUUGACAAGUAACAUCCCAAACUCAGCGUCUGAUGAUUUUAGUUUCCAAGUGGACAACUCCAUCCACCCAGCAGACAGGGGGUCUUCAUCUUGUUGUCCUGAACCAAGUCGGACGGAGAGUCAAUCUCGGAAUAUGGGGCCUGCUCUAGCUGCCAACCAAAUAAAAGACCACGCUCCACGGGUCUGUUUUAAGGAUCAAGAUGCUGUCAGCAGUCAGGAAGUUCCGGAAGGAAGACCACUUGCGGGUGCCUCCACCAGCAAGCCGCUUGUGCCUCAUCUGCAUCUGAAGGGGCUCGCUGCCAGUCCCAGAAGUGUCUCUGCAGCAGUAGGCGCAAAGACUAGAAAAAGCAACUCCCGCUUGAUCCAGAGUGCAAGGGGUCCACGGCCAGACGCAUCAAGCCAGCAGCAGCUCGACAGCCCUAAAAGCUCCAAACACGGGAACUUAUCUGAGAGGGGGCGGCCUCACACGUCUGGGUUGGACAGAGAACGACAUAGCAGACCUACUGCCGAUGGGAGCGAGUCUGAGGGAAGCUCCCCCAGGAAGGACCAGGGGGUCAAGGAGCUCAUGACCCCAGAUGAACACAUCAAGGAGUGGCUGGCGGAAAAGAAGCGAAAGGAGGCCCGGCGAGAGCGCCACAUGCGGCGGCGCCAGCUGGCAGAACUCGAGUUCAUCGCGGCCCUGAGAAAGACGCAGGCGCGGCGACUGCACCACCUGCACGAAGCGGAAGGAAAGUUGGACCUUCAAAUUGGGAGCGAAGCGGAGGUGCUCUUCAAGAAGGAGAGCGCGCAAGCCCGUUACCGAAGUUUGAAAGGCUCUGUUUGAGAAGAUGCCGCGAGCCGGUCCUUGACACAAAGAUUUGGCUCGUCGCUGACUAGAUCAUGCUGCUAAGAUGUAUUUUAUAUAACAGGCUCAGUUUCGAAAUGAAAAGGUCGUCCAGGCAUUACUUCGAAAGAGAUAUUCACUGCACGCGACCCCUCAGGAUGGCCAUGUUAUGCAGGCUCGAGGAGCCAUGCGGUGGCAAGAUAGGAUUACAACUGGCGCUUAAAAAGCUGAUCGAAAGUCGAGCCACGUGCAUUAGUUAGAGUCCGCAGUCACAGGACUUUAGGAUCAGAACGUUUGCAUCAAAUGUAGUCGAUCUCUACAGAUCCAUCGCUCAAAUUCCUCUUCAGCAGAAGAAGAAAAUAGUCGGAUUCAAGAUUCAUCUGCAAGAAGUAUGAUCGGGUUAGCUGAAGUUGAGAAGUUAGGAAAGUUGAUGGACUCAACGUAGAGCUAAGCAGACACACUCAAAGCAAACUGCCAAGUUGUGUAUGCCAAAGAGGCCUUCAGUAGUAAGCGGGCCUAUGGUAUAAUGGGAUUACAGUAUAGAAAG